GCUUCGUGUUAGGCAAAUGUUAAGUAUUUUAUUAAAUAAAUAAAAUGAAAGUAUGUAUUUUGCGUCUGUGUAAUGUUCCCUGCAAGAAGUCAUGAUAAAGGAAAUGGAUGACAGAGAUGUCGUAUGGUUAAAAGGACCCAUGGCCCGGCGAGGCAUGCUGCGAGAGCGGCAUAACAAGGCCGUUGGUCCGAAAUCUAACGUAAUGAAUUGAAGUACAGAAACUGCAAUUAAUGUAUUCUUCAAACAACAAGCAUGAUUAGAAUGUAUCAAAGCCACAUUAUAUCAGCCUAUCAACCUCGAUUGAAGACCAGUGACAUGGGCCAUUUGUUCAACAGAAUACAUAUGUACAUAUGUAAUAUGUUUUAAUACAGCAUUCUCAUGACAUGAAUUAAAGUGAGAUCAGAUCAAACCACAGAUCAUGUUGUAACAUUGGUGUUCCGGACCUGUGAGAGGCAUGUGCAGACUUGCAGAGCUAAAGGCAACCUACGGAGGCCCUGCUGACACAUUACUAAAAUACACUUUGGUAGUCAAUAAUUUUGACAGAAAAUCCCCGGACUGACCAACGGCAAAGUGCCCCGCCACGCCGUCUCGGCCCCAAACGUGCGUCCGAGAUCCGCAAGCUGUUCAACCUGAGCAAGGAGGACGACGUAAGCAGCCAUGUCGUCAAGCGCGUGCUGCCGCCCAAGGAGGGCAAGGAGAAUGCCAAGCCCAGAUCAAAGAUGGCGCUUCAAAAUGACACCAAAAAAUUCCACGAGAGGGCUCUCUUUCUCAUAUAUAUUAUACUACUCUUUGGUUUACGGUCGGCCGCAUAGGACAACGAACAUCGCGGAGAGUUAUCACCGCACCCUUUCAAGGUGCAUGGGAGGCCCGGCUCCUAACGCAUGGUCCUUUACGCAAAGAAUGGCAGAGAAUUUUGCCAACUGUCACGCGAGAAGGCAGGCACAACUGAACGGGGCCGCGCGACCGACCAGACGUAAUCGCGAAGCACAACUCGUCCGAGCGACGGCAGUCAAUAAUAACAUGCGGGCUCUGGAAGCCGGCAUCAUCACGCUGCGAUACUUCCUGGUCGCCGUCAGCGCUCGCAUAAACGUCGGCGAAGUGGUCGCAGACCCUGACGUCCCGGAGAUGGCCGAGGAGAUCGAGGUGGCGGACUGGGCCGAGGAAGUGCCCGACGCCGAGGUGGAGGUGUUGCUGCCCCCCGCGCCCGCGCCCCCCGCGGCCUCCUCGCCCCCGCCCCCGCCGCCACGCGCUGCGGUAUAUGCCUGGAGCAGCCACCCACACGCGUGCUCAUACCUUGCGGGCACGUAUUAUGUGACCCGUGUCUCGUGGGAGUACAGCAGGCUUCCGGAGCUAACCGAUGUCCAUAUUGCAGGAGUCAUAUUGGCUCCUGCAUUAACAUAUAUUUAUAAGGGGCGAAGGGGGCCAGUGACGGUCUAGCGCCGUCGAGCCGUGGGCUCAAAAGCCUAUGAAUAAUGGAACCCACAUUUGGGUCAAGAACUGAGCGACGGCAAUAGGCUGACCGUCGAGCCAAGGGCUCAAAAGCCUAACCGUAUGACAGAGUCCUAAACUAGAUGGAGCACGCGAUUGCAGCCUUCGUGAAGAUUUCAUUAAACAAUGGAACUGAGUCAACUGACAAUCAGAUCAUCAAUUUUAUCAUCAGUAUGGCAAGGGCGCCGCGCUGACAAGUCGCAAGCCAUCGCUGAGUCGCUCGUCAAUAUAAGGACUUCCACAUACUUAUUAAUUAUUCUAUUUAAUACUUUUACGACUCAUUGUGAACCAUAUGAUAGUUUAAAUUAUUUUAUAUUUACAGGGACCAUGGC